AUGACACCAUACAAAUUGUACUGGCAGCCCAACAAAGAUGGACCACCCGAACGCAUAAUAUCAGAGUUGUAUACAUCUGAUGCAAUGAUUAAUGAGCAUGAGGCCAUCAAGUCUCAGGCACACGCAGAUGAUUGCAAACUGGAAACUGUUGUAGCUGCAAUUAUACUUUGGUCUGAUUCAACUCAUCUUGCUAGCUUGGGAAAUGCAUUAUUAUGGCCUAUUUACUUGUUCCUUGGCAACCAAUCAAAAUAUACAAGGAACAAACUGUCAGCUUUUGCAGCUCAUCACCUUGCCUAUAUCCCCAAAAAGUCUAUUGGGCACUUUUUUAGCAAAAUGGCUACAGGAGAAACAAUGACACAUUGGAAGCAAGAGUUGAUGCAUGCAAUAUGGUCUCUGCUCCUUGACGAUGAAUUUUUAGAUGCCUAUGAGCAUGGCAUAGUUAUUAAGUUUGCAGAUGGAAUUUUAUGA